AUGGCAUCGAUGUAUCAAGACCCCAAAAUUCUUCGGGAAUUGUUCAGGAGCCUGGCGCAUCGCUAUACAGUAAUCCGAAGCGGGUGGAACACCUACGCGGCGGCCUCCCUAGACAGGGUAUGCUACGAUCACGUCAGUCCUUCUUCCCUUCCCUCACAUGGACGCCGACUACCCGACAGCUUUGGGGUGUGCGUCGACGACGAGUUCAUGGCUACAUGUCCGAGACCCGAAGUUGGCAGGAACGUGCACGCCGAAGAGAUGAUACUGAAAUGGUUACAAAGUCGGAUUUACACUUCGAAAUGGCCGCCAUCAGACGGAGAAGUACACACAUUACAUCUGUUCACAUUCUUUUCUCCUUGUAGUCGAUGCAUAGAGAGGUUGGAGGAUUUUUUACUUCUCCUCCAAAAGAAAGGAUUGAUGGGGAGAAUCCGGUUCGUCCUAGGAUAUUCCAAAGAGUACACGCCUUGGAAAGGUAUUGGUCCGUACGUAACCAUUCCGUGGCUUAACAGAAUCGCACAACAUUAUUAUCCUAACUUCAGAGUGAUGAAGAUAAAUAAAUAUAAUCAGAGUAAAAGAGUAGACAUUUAUUAAGAUUGUAAUAACAGUUUGAGUCAAAAUGAGUAGGGUUUGCUUUAGGAAAUGGAGAUUUUAAAUUCGUAUUGAAAUAGAACCUUCGUUGCUUUUCGGUAGGCCAGCGAGAUUGAGCGCGAGAUAAAACUGAAUUGCCGGUCUCGUUGGCCUUUUAAAAAGUUAUCUGAAGUUUCUGGUGACCGAUAAGUAGGUCUUGCGGGACAAAUAAUUUGCCACCUGGCCUGCAACUACUUUAUAUAAUUGUAAAAAUUACUGCUUCUAUCUAUUUACGACUAUCAAUGUGUUGAUACUACAUUCAUGAAUCAUAAACACGGAAGAAACGAGGUGUGUUAUAAAUGUUACAAAUAAUGACUUCUGAUAUCAUUACAAUGUCAUUUAAUUUUAGCUUACAAUAAAAAUCACAGUAAAUAACAAUCAGAACUAUACAGUGGCGUAUUUGGCGCUCGGGGCUAGCAUUGAGAAUGCGCCCCUCCCCCGCCCAAACUUAAAUAGAUAACUGUACAAUUGAUAAAAAAGCAAAACAAGACACUUUAAAUUACUGUAGUAAAGAUAUUACUCUGUCAUCAAAAUACACGCCGACCAAAUAUUGGAAAUUUGUUUUGCCAUAUAUUUCGAUAAAGACAUUUGCACGACCCACGGCCGUUGGGUGCACCUGGAUUCUAUUGCGAGUAUUGCGAGUGUCUGUUGCAUACAGCUUUCUGUCUACGUUCAAAUACAUUUGUUGAAGGAUCUACCUCCGAGCCUUAAUAGCCUGACCAGAAGCCCUGAAGAACUAGAGGAUAUCCGGUAAACAAUGAUUCAAUUCUCUAUAUACAUGCCGUGGGGUAGUUCACCACUGGAUAUUCACAUGAUCAAGGAAGCAUAUGGCUUUUAUAGGGAGUGCUGCUUCAUUCGCAACAUACCACUUUCCUUUGUGCGAUCAACUUCUUGGAUACUUAAUCUCUUUGUGCCUAAUGCCAAACCAUUUCAAUCACUCGCUUGCUUUUAGGUUUGAAUUAUAGCUGUGUGAAUUGCUGCUAUACCAGACAAGCCUAACACAAGAUGGUUGUUGGAAGACAUUAGCUCUUCGGUUCCAACAUCCAGAGCUCUCUGUCGCUCAACUCGUGUCUAUUUUCACCUUCAUGGUUGUGAUGUCUUUAAAUUUAACAGCUUUAGAAGAACCUAAAUAAAAGCUGUACAAGUGUAAUCAAGAAGAAGAGCUAUUGCACAUGGGUGUGAAUAGAGUUUGAAUAUAUACUGUUAUUGCUCAUUCUGCAGGAUAACGAGUCUUGUUUUGACCUAGGUCAGAUGUGACCGGCGGAACAGCAUCCAAUGACAGAGAAAGGUGGAACUACAAUAGUUCUCUUCCUCAUGCAUACUGUACUAUGUUAGUCAAGACGCUGUUUGUAUUACAAAUGGUAUUUAUGCGAAGUAUACUUAGAGUGUUGUACCAUGAUCUGUCUUAUUUAUGAGUCUUUACUUAACGUGUAAGACGUAUUUUAGUCUCAAAUCUGAAUAAUGUCGAAAUUACAUUUUCCCAUUGUUAUUUAAAAAAAUAAUUAUUACA